AUGUCGCACAAGAAAGUUGAAGUGAAAGUGCAAAUCCACAAAGUGUUUUCCUCCGCUCCGGAGGUCACAUUAGAACAAGUUGGGUAUUUGACAUGUUCAGUGACUCGUGGUUCAGUUAACGAGACCACAAAUCCGUUUCAAGUGAAUAAAGCCAUCGAACAGUCGUUUCACUUUGUGAGCACUUUCAUAUUAAAAAGUCGAAAGGAACAGACCUACAAAGAUAAAGAACUUGUCUUCCAAAUUAAGUUGCCUCUCAAGAAGAAAGAGAUCAUGAAGACUACAAUCAAUUUGUCGAAAAUUAUUAACAUCCCACCUAUCCAACAGAACUAUUCCUUCCAAUAUAAGUCGAUUCCAAUGCAACUCUUUUACACCAUUUCCUUCAAAGAGAAGGUCGAAGUCAUCAAAUUCUCUCCAGAUGAAAAGAUCUACGACACCAUCUCACUCCCAAAGAAGCCAAGUUCGACUUUACCAGAAACGGCAUCCACUUCUUCUUGUGCUAAGACGUCAAGAUCAGCUUCUAAAGUAACCACCGCGUCGUCACAGAUAUCGUCUGACAUAGCGAGAUCUGCUCAAAAUGAGAGAGGGGCAAAUGGGUCACGAGCAGAUUCAUACGCAUCUAUGGAGCAACGGAGAAUCGUCAGAACUGCGCACCAACGUGUGAGAUCUGCCAUUGGGAAAGAAGCAGUUAAUAAUGUUGAGAUGUUUGUAUCGCCACAACAAGCAACUGUAGACCCCAAAAUCGACAAAUUUAUUAAUGACAUCAGUCAAGUCUCCAGUUUAAUGCAAUUUGAUUUGGACGCGCAAAGCACUCCACUAACGAAUCCUAUGAUGACAGAAGUCAUGUUUUAUGUGUUACUCAAGUUUAAAGCGUUUGAAGGGAAUGAAGAGGUGUUAAUGCGAACAACAACAGCAAUGAAUGAAGUGUCGAAGAGUGAGAUGCUUUAUAUCAAACAGGCCACUUACCUCUUUUCUUCAUUGACAAGACUUGCCGUGUUGGUCUUAAAGACGGGAGAGAAGAUGAAGAACUCGACCAUGGCUAAAUACAUCAAAGUCUUGAUUGAACCCGUGUCAACUACAUAUCAACGAAUUUUGACAAUCACACGCAUCGGAGUCAAGAGUGUGAUCGAGAAUGUGUUUGAGAGGAAAUUGGUGAAGUGCGACGAGUUAGUUUCGUUUAUUGAAGAGUCGCGAAAGACAUUUGAGAGUAUGCGGGUGUUAAACGGUCUGAGCGAAGUCUUUGCAAAGGACUUGGUGAGUCUAAUUAACGCGUAUUUUGUUGACGAAGUUGUCAACCCACAAAAGGGAAAUUGCACCUUUGAAAUUGGGAUGAACGCGACGAUGGUCUUUUCUUAUUUAAAUGAUUACUUCAGGAAGAAGCACAUCUUCAAUAUUAAAGAAAAGAGUCCAUUUGAACCAAUUUCGGAGAUCUCACGUGUGUUGCUGUUGGGUGAUAAGUCUGUUUUGGCAGACGCCGAAGCGCGGAAAAAUAUAUGUCCGAAUAUGUCGCUAGCGAAGAUCAUUGCGAUACUUGAGAAUUUGUCAGUCGAAGUCCCGGGGAUACAAACACAGACGCGACAAUCAAUACAGAAAAUCACUGAAGCCGAAUACGACGACGACGUGAAAAAUAAUAAGAUGGACAUCACUUUCGAAGUGUUACAGAAAAUAGCACUUCAGACCGACGAAUCGACUUUUGUCAAAUACAAAUUAGAAGGAACGCCAAUAGCGGGGAGAAAUUACUAUUCCUGA